ACUUUCUGUGCGCUGGUUAUGGGGACACAGGGAGCGCUAAACGCACAGAGCCUGGCUAGUGAGACUGGCCCGGGCAGGGCGGGAGAGAAAUUGUUUCUUAUUAAAGGUGGGAUUUUCCUCGGCAUGGUUGCAACUGCAGGAAUGCUUGCUGGUUUUGGCACAACACUGUCUCUUGCAAAAAAGAGGAGUCCAAAUUGGUUUAAUAAGGGUGUCGCUGCAACAGCUACGUUGCCAGAAAGUGGCUCUUCACUUGCUCUGCGAGCUUUGGGAUGGGGGUCUCUUUAUGCUUGGUGCGGUGUGGGAUUAAUCAGUUUUGCAGUAUGGAAAGCACUUGGAGUGCACAGUCUUAAAGAAUUCAGAGAGAAAAUGCAAAGCAUAUUUCCAUCUGUGUCUAAAGGCCCAGAGCAGGCUACUUCUGACUUUAGCUUUGAAGAUAUUUUGAAAUCCAAGUGAUUCCUGCAACUCCUGGAACGCUAACCCCAAAGAGGACUUUGCUUCAUCUGUAACAAAGUGUCAGAGAAUGAAUGGUACAGAGGAGGCAAAUGUUGUGUCUUGUCAGAUACAGAAUUUGGAAUAUGCACCUAUAUUAGGUAACUGUUGUCUCUUAGCAUCAAGGCGUCUGCUAUAACUUGGUUUCUGUUUUCUAAAUACGGCAUUUCUAUUUUGGGUCUAAUAAAUAUAUAUAUAAUUUUUUUUUUUUUUUUAUUAAAACCCAAUAUAAAAAAGUACAUUAUACAUUUUAAUUUUGCUUGUGUUCUGCUUCCAAUAAGAACUGUAUAAAUGGUACAAUAGUAUGAAAAUAUGUA